AUGCCCCCCACGUUACCCAGAGCUACGCAGGUCCUCAAAUCGGUAAAAUCAUUCACCCUAGCGAAUUUUAUGCUCAGCCAAGCGGAGGACCUCCGGAUCAUACGAGCCGCCAGACAGGCGCAGCUUCCUAUCCCAUUUCUGGUGUUCCGGUUGGCCCAGGUCACCAGGUCGACUCCAAUAUGUACACUCCUGCACCUGCCGGACUUCAAGGAAGCGCAUCAACUGGACAUCUUCAACACGGCUCAGGUUUCCCGAACAGUGAAGAUCUUGAAUUCAGUCAACCCGUAA